CGCCUCCGUUGCCCCUAGCGGCUGUUUGUUGACUUCCGGGGACGCGAUAGUCGCCGAUGUCCGGGGUGUCGCUAUGGCGGCCCGGGGGGCUUCCGCGGCCCGUUUCGGGACUGAGGCGCUGCCAUAGGACCCACCGAGUAGCCCCCGCCACCUUUCCGGUUCAGGCCCAGGUUCCCCGCACCACCCUCGGCAUGGGGGAACCCGAGGAGGUGGUGCCCGGUUCGGGUGCUGUGUUUACAUUUGGAAAAACUAAAUUUGCUGAAAAUAUUCCCAGCAAAUUUUGGUUUAAAAAUGAUAUACCUGCAUUUCUUUCAUGUGGAGAUGAACAUACUGCUAUUGUUACAGGAAAUAAUAAACUUUACAUGUUUGGCAGUAACAACUGGGGCCAGUUAGGAUUAGGAUCAAAGUCAACUGUUAACAAGCCAACAUGUGUCAAAGCUUUAAAACCUGAAAAAGUGAAAUUUGCAGCCUGUGGACGGAACCACACCCUAGUUUCAACAGAAGGAGGCAAAGUAUACGCAUCUGGAGGAAAUAAUGAAGGACAGCUGGGACUUGGUGACACUGACGAGAGAAACUCUUUUCACCUAAUUAGUUUUUUUACUUCCCAGCGUAAGAUUAAACAGCUUUCUGCUGGAUCCAAUACUUCAGCUGCACUAACUGAGGACGGAGAGCUUUUUAUGUGGGGUGACAAUUCUGAAGGGCAAAUUGGUUUAAAAAAUAUAACUAAUGUGUGUGUCCCUCAACAAGUGACCGUUGGGAAACCUAUCUCCUGGAUCUCUUGUGGAUAUUACCAUUCAGCUUUUGUAACAACGGAGGGAGAACUGUAUACAUUUGGAGAACCAGAGAGUGGAAAGUUAGGUCUUCCCAAACAGCUGCUGGUCAAUCACAGAAUGCCCCAGUCGGUGCCUGGAAUUCCUGAGAAGGUGGUGCAAGUAGCUUGUGGUGGAGGGCACACUGUGGUUCUCACAGAGAAAGCCGUGUAUACCUUUGGGCUGGGACAGUUUGGUCAGCUGGGUCUUGGUACCUUUCUUUUUGAAACUCCAGUACCCAAAGUCAUUGAGCAUAUUAAGGAUCUGAAAAUAAGUUCUAUUUUCUGUGGAGAAAAUCACACAGCUCUGAUAACAGAUUUAGGUCUCAUGUAUACUUUUGGAGAUGGUCGACAUGGAAAAUUAGGACUUGGAUUGGAGAAUUUUACCAAUCAGUUCACUCCCACUUUGUGCUCUAAUUUUUUGAGGUUUAUAGUUCAAUUGGUGGCUUGUGGUGGAUGCCACACACUGGUUUUUGCCACUCCACGACUCAGUGGGACAGAAGAAAUGGAGUUAGAACAAAUAAACAAUUCCUACUUCCCUGAAACACCUUCUCUGCCCAUCAGCAAUCUGAGCUCAGGAAAUGUACUGCACAGAACUCUAUCAGCACGUAUGCGGCGAAGAGAGAGGGAGAAAUCACCCGAUUCUUUUCAAAUGACACGAACACUACCUCCAAUUGAAGGGGCUUCUGUGCCACCUGUCUGCUUUUCCCCCAGCCUACUUCCUUUCUAUGUGUCUGCAAGUAAUUGGCCAGGGAGAAUGAUACUUGAAAAGGAGGACCCCGUGCAGCCAGCAGAACCAGAUUAUUUUCAGGAAAAAAUGGCCAAAGGGAAAGAGGCAGACAAUUCUUCAGCAGCAGAUUCAGAAAACCUUGGAGAAACUACUGAUGUCUUAAAUAUGACACAUAUGAUGAGCCUGAAUUCCAAUGAGAAGUCGUUAAAAUUAUCACCAAUUCAAAAACAAAAGAAACAAGAAACAAUUGAGAAACUGAAGCAGCGUACAGCUUACUCUGAAAAUGUUGAUAGUAAAGGAUUUGCAAGUGAAGAGAUGUCCAAAACAGUGAAAGAGGGGAAAGCCUAUAAACAACUUUUGGCAAAAGGAACGUACAUGAUGCAAGCAGCUCUGACUAUGGAAGCAUUUUCAGAUGAGGACGUAGGUAAUGACUCAGGCCAGCCUGGGCCUCGGCCUGACACCCGUGCAGAGGGCAUGCAAAGGGAGAUAUUUAGACGUGAAAGUAAGCAUAGUAUUUAUCCACCUGACAGUAAGGCGAUAGCAAAGUCAUGUGAUGGAGGCCAAAAACAGAACAAUCCAGACACAGAAGAAACAAUCUCUAAGAAGGAAACUGAGCUGGCGGAAAUGGCAGGUCUGAAGGCUAGGAGACAAAGUGAAGAGAAUUUAAGAAAUAUUAAUAUGUUCUUUGAUGACUUACCAAAUAGAUACGUGAAUAUUGAGGAUGAAGACAGUAAAGAUUUUGUUAAGGACAGUGAGAGGAACAAGCGAGAUAUGAUCUUUGACGGUGAAAGAGAUUCUAUAGAGGAGCCAGACUUGGAAGGCGAAAGUGCAAGUCAGCAAGGUACCACUGAUGGCUUCGAGCAGCCUGAGUCAGUAGAAUUUAGUAGUGGUGAGAAAGAGGAUGACGAAGUGGAAACCGAGCAAAACUUGUGGUAUAGCAGAAAAUUUAUCGAACAAGCACAUGAGGAAGAGAUGGAACACAUAAUGUGCAAAUUCAUGGCAAAAUAUGAUUUUAAGUGUGACCGCUUGCCAAAGAUCCCCGAAGAGCAGGAAGGAGCAGAGGAUUCAGAAGGAAGUGGCAUAGACAAGCAAGAGGUAGAGGCAAGUGAGGAAAAUGUGAAGGUGCCUGUAGGAAAACAGGAAGAAGUAGAGUUCCUGUCAGAGGACCUGACAGACAGAGCAGAGGAUCAUGGAUUUUCAGAAGAUGAAGAACUAGAGGACCUGGAUGAGGAAAUUGAUGAAUAUCCGGAAGGCAAGAAGAACAUACCAGUGGAUGAAGCCAAUGACAACUUAGUUGAAAAGGUAUUGAUUGACACCACCAAAAAGGACAAGAAAACCAACCAAGAGAAACGGGCUAUUUGUGAAUACAAUGAAAAUCCAAAAGGAAGCAUGCAUAACUGUGCAAGGAGCAGUGCUUCAGAAGUCCUGGAAGAUAGUGAAUCAACACCAAGUAAAGACAUCAAAAAAUCAAAGAAGAUUUUCCUCUUUAAAAGGAUGUCAUUGACGAGUCAGAAAAGUAUGCAGAGUAAUAAUGAGCCACUCCCAGAGAUAAAACCAAUAGGAGAUCAAAUAGCUUUUAAAAGCAGUAAGAAAGAUGCCAACCAGAACCACAUGGGGCAAAAUCAUCAGGAUACUUCACCCCCAAAUAUGGAGAGAAGGUCAAAAUCUUGUAUAAUACUAUAAAUAUAUAUUUAUGUUUCCAUGGUCACCAAGCACAUUGUAAUUUAUACUUGAAAAACAUUAUGACUUCUGAGGGAAAGUUUCUGAUAACAAACUUUUAAAGAUAUAAGUUAAUAAUAAGUUUUAUUUGGUUUGACUGUUACGACCAGUUUUGGUAUUUAUGCUAAUAUUUUUGACAAACAAUUUCAAAAUAUGUGUAUCUCAAACUCUCCUUCAAGUGUUGUGGCCUUAACUGUUCAGUGUUGCAAUAAAAGAUAUAUUUUUAUAUGUGAAGUUUAAAUUAAAACAUUUCAUAGUUUAUACUAAACAACUUCUUUAUAACUUCAUAAGGCAAUAUUUACAAUCUCAUGACACUGUAACAGUUUUUAAUGUAUUUGCAAUUUUAAAAAACUGAGUCAAAAUUGUUUUUAAUGAACAUUUUAAUAAACUAUAUCUGGUCGUUUCCACUGUUUAAAUGUAUGAGUCUGAAUAAAAUGUAGAGGGACUUGGAGUUCUCUAUCAGUUGACAGAAUGGGGGCCAGAAAAAUCUGUUUAUGUUUAAAAUAUUGUGAGACACAAACUUCAUUAACCUCCGAGUAGGGAAAAUAUCAGGGCCACUGUGUAAACAGUACGUCUUCGUGGAGAAGCUGUCGAAAUUUCUUUGCCUCCCACACUUUUCUUUAGGGAGUCGACAUGGCAUGGAAACAUGUCAGAUUCUGUGGUCUGAUCUGGAGUGUUUCACCUGCCACCGUUCGCCACCGUAGCACAGCCAAACGCAGCCGGGCUUGCUCGCUCCAGCUGCCUGUAGCACUGGAGCAAGGUUGGCUCCAUCACACAGUGCUCUGCCACAGGGAAUAAGGAGGGUAAAGCUGUUAUGUCUCCUCGGGCAGAAACAUUGCUGCCCCGUGCUCACAGGUACUGAUCAUUCAGUGGAGCAAACCACCUUCAUUUUCACCAUUAUAGCUCCUAACACAUGUAUUCUUCAAUCACAGUGACCAUCGCCCCAUUUGAGGACAGGAAAAGAAACUCCAUUCUUGUGUUUCACGCGAAGGGGUGUUAGUCUAGAGGAGAUGUGAUCUUGAAAUCUUACAAAAUAGUUUCCUGUGUAAAUAUUACCUUUAGGGGGAUUUUAAUUUUGCUGUUGCCGCUGUAGUAGUACAGUAUUACAAAAUACCUCGCCGAAAUGUGAGCUAUAGGAGCCAAGUGGAAAUACAGCUCACAGGUAGUACUGAGACAGGCCAGUUGUGGUAGGCAGAAUUCUAAGAUGGCCCCCAUGGUUCCCGUCGGUGGGUGUGCCUGCCCUGAAUACUCCUUUCCCCUUGAGUAUCAGCAGGAGCAGUGAGGAUGAUGAAAUACCACUCUUUUGCUUAGGUUCCAUUACAUGGGAAAGGUGAGACAGUUUGCAGAUGUAAUUAAAAUUCCAAAUCAGUUAACUUCUAAGCAAAAGGGAAAUAAUCCUAGAUGGGUCUGACCUAAUCAGGUGAGCCCUUUCAAAGAGGCUGUAGAGGUCAGACAUGGAAGAAGUCAGAGCAAUUCAAAGUAGUUGAGAUGCUCUCCUGUUGGCUUUGAAGAAGCAAACUGCCCUGUUACAGAGAGGGCCAUGCCCAGGGAAUGGUGGGAAGCCUCUCGGAUGUGCGGGCCUCGGUCCUCCAGCUGCAAGGCACUGAAUUCUGCAAAUAACGAGUGAGGCUGGAAGAGGAACCCAAUCCUCAGAUUAAACCAUAGCUCUGGCUGACACCUUGACUGCAGCCUUGUGAGGCCCCAAGCAGAGGACACAGGCUCAGCACUGCCCACGCUUCUGACCCAUGAAAAUUACGAGAUAAUAUAUGUAGUUUUAAUCCACUAAGUUUAUGAUAAUUUGUUACGUAGCGAUAGAAACUAAUAGCACUCUUAUUCUGACGAAAGGCCUUUCUGUAUGGUGGCUUCCUCCAUCAGACGCAGCAAAAGAGUUAAUGGAGGCUGCUAGCAAGACAGGGAUCACAGUCUUAGGUAGCAUAAUAGUGGAAGUGGUAUUUUGUCCCCUUCGACACAUUCUGUUAGAAGCGAGUCACAGGGUCUGCUCAUACUCAGGAUGACAGCGUGGAGACCAGGAGGUAAGGGUCACGGGGCCAUCUUAGAGCCUACCCACCAUACCAGUCGUCGGGCUGAUUACUGAAAAGCAUGGGACAGGUUACAGACCAGAGAAAGGGUGCAGUCAGAGCACUUGGAAGAGGUGGACAUGAGACAGGCAUAACAAACGGACGGGGUCCCCCUGCUUUCUCAGAGGCCUCAAGGCAGAUCAGACUUAAAUAAGGUGGUUGGCAGAGAAUACCAACACCAAGAGUCAGUUUUACUAGUAUGAGUAAAUACUUCAAAGCUGUCUGCCCAUGCGCUGUAAAUGCUUGUGUUAUAUUUGUUUCCUAAGCACAGUUUCAUACCUGGCUUUUACUUUGAAGAAAUACUAACCGAGCACUUCCUAUGUGGUAGAUAUCAUGCCAGAAACUAAGAACAGAGUCACAGUUACAGGGGGGUACAAGGAAGCAAAUGGGGAAUGACUGCAUUCUCAACUGGAGCUCUUAGGGCAACUGAAAAACCUGAGUUUCCUAACUGGAUGGAAAGGAGAUUAGUGGACACUAAACUUAAACAAACAAAAAACAAACUCUUAAAAAGAAGCCAGGAAAGAUCAUUGAUAGAAUGGAAUAGAAUGAUCAAUUUAUACUAGUUUCAAAAAUAAAAGGAUUUCUAUUUACUGAUAACCUUAGCUUUAAUAGAAAGUGGAAUGAUUUAUCUUAAUCCCCAGACUAUUCAUCUUCAUUAUCUUUUCUGUGAAUUCCCCUCUCCUUUAUAUAAUAAAUUUGCUUUGGCCAUUUUUACUGACCUUUUUGGGACCUGAAAAUGGAAUCUGUUGACUUGAACAUUAGGGGGUCAUUGACAUUGUUCAGAUUACUAUGGACCAACUGUUAAAUGGAUAUUAAUUUAGAAAAUGUCAAUAAUGGUAGAAUUUUUAAGGCAUCACAAAACAGCAUGCAAAUCCAUGUCAAAACAUUAGAGGGAAAAGGAAGAAUUGGUAGGCACUACGGCCCUCCUAUUUAUGAAGAAACUAUCCAGUUCUGGAAAGGUGCUUGUAUUGUUUCCUAGGGCUUCUGUAGCAAAAUACCGUUAACUGGGUAGCUUAAAACCAUAGAAAUGUACUGUCUCAGAGUUCUGGAGGCCAGACGUCUGAAAUUAAGGUGUUUGCAGGGCAUGCUUCCUCUGGAGGCACAGGGAAGUACCAGACCGCUCUCCUAACUUCGGGUUGCCUCAGACAUUCUUUGUCUUGUAGAUACAUCACUCCAAUCCUUUGUCCUCAGGCCUUCUCCUUCGGGGUCUUCACAUUGUCUUUGUUCUGUGCAUGUCUAUCUCUGUUUCCAAAUUUCCCCUUUUUAUAAGGACAGUAGUUUAGGACUUACCCUAAUGACCUCAUUUUAAUUUGACUACUUCCUUAAAGACUGUAUUGCCAGAUAAUAUCACAUUCUGAGGUCCCGGGGCUUAGGACAUUAAUGUCUUUUCCAGGAGACAGUACAACCCAUAGCAGGAAGUUUGAGAGCUACCGAUCCCACAAAAAAUCAAUUGUUUAUAGUCUCUCCUCUCGUAUUCUUACUAUGACUUUCCUAAAAUGGAAACACUCUUGCUAAAUCCUAGAUCUUUAAUGAUAAAGUAUUUUCAGUAGAGACAUUUUGUAGUGUUGAAACUUCUCUCUAAAAUACCACUAAUUACAUCAAAGCAGGAAUUGUAGCGGGGGGUUAUCUUUCCUAGGAUCCCAGACCCAGGGGGCACGUGUUCAGCAUCAAAUGAUUAUCAGAUAAAUAAUAACAUGUGCAGUCAUAGAGUUUGGAUAAGGAUUUGUUUCUUAGAAAUUUGUAUAUACAUACUGUAAGCUUGAACUCAGUUUUUUAACAUAUUUACCAUAUGGUGUAUUGCAGUAUAAUUCUACCCAUAGGCCAUUAUAAAUCCGUAGAGGGAAAAGAAAGUCUUUCCAUGAGCAGAAGAGAAUCUCUUCCAGCAGAGGUGGCGAGCACCAUCCGAAGCAUCCAAAAGGGGAAAAUUAGGCCAACUAAGUUUUAAAAUCAUCAGGGUUGGCAACAAGAAUGAGGCCCAAGUUACCAUCACAGACUUCUACUCUCAGGGACCUAAGCGGCAGUGGAAUCAGAGAUGAAAUUCAGAAUAAUUAUUUGGGGAGAGAGCCAGACUGAUUUCUUUAUCAUGCUCCUGAGUUUCAGUUAAGCAUUUUUCUGCCUGCUUUGAUUUUGCGAGACUACUGAAACUGAAAACAUUUCCAUACUCAGAAUUUCCUUUUGCCAGCAGGGCACAUGGUUUAAAGAUUUUUCAUCUGAUAGUAGUUCUUUAAGAAUCUUAGAGUAUCUUUUUUAGACAGAACUUUAAAAUGUGGUUUACUUUUUUACCUUAUAAGAAUAAGUCAAGAAGUCAAAAAAGGAGACAAACGAGAAGGUUGGAAAGUCUUCAUCUCAGGAGUGAAAGGGGAUAUUUUAUUGAAUUGAACAAACAAUGCAUUUAAACUGGGGGGUCGUGAAACUAAAGUAUUUUCAAAGGCUAACUAGGUAUGCAUGUGGGAGCUGCUGCCACUCGGUU